GGUGAAUUAGUUCCUUUGUAACUUCAUCUCAUCACAACCAACUUCAACAAUAUCUCAUAUCAUCAAACACUUACAUUUCUCUUGAUAUAAACACAAAUGGCAGCUGCUACAAUGGCUCUUUCUUCCCCUUCUUUUGCUGGACAAGCAGUGAAACUCUCACCAUCUGCCUCAGAAAUCUCUGGAAAUGGAAGGAUCACUAUGAGAAAGGCUGUCGCCAAGUCAGCCCCAUCUAGCAGCUCAUGGUAUGGCCCUGACCGUGUUAAGUACUUGGGCCCAUUCUCUGGUGAGUCCCCAAGCUACUUGACAGGUGAAUUCCCUGGUGACUACGGCUGGGAUACCGCUGGACUUUCAGCAGACCCGGAAACCUUUGCCAAGAACCGUGAACUCGAGGUGAUCCACUGCAGAUGGGCUAUGCUUGGUGCUCUUGGAUGUGUCUUCCCUGAGCUCUUGGCUCGUAACGGUGUCAAGUUCGGUGAGGCUGUGUGGUUCAAAGCUGGAUCCCAAAUCUUCAGUGAGGGUGGACUUGACUACUUGGGCAACCCAAGUUUGGUCCAUGCACAGAGCAUCUUGGCCAUCUGGGCUUGCCAAGUUGUACUCAUGGGAGCCGUUGAAGGUUACCGUAUUGCUGGUGGACCCCUUGGUGAGGUUGUCGACCCACUCUACCCUGGUGGAAGCUUCGACCCAUUAGGCCUUGCUGAAGACCCAGAGGCAUUUGCUGAGCUCAAGGUAAAGGAGAUUAAGAACGGCAGACUUGCUAUGUUCUCUAUGUUUGGAUUCUUCGUUCAGGCCAUUGUUACCGGAAAGGGUCCAUUGGAGAACCUUGCUGACCACCUUGCAGACCCCGUUAACAACAAUGCUUGGGCUUUUGCCACAAACUUUGUCCCCGGAAAAAUCAUGGCAGCUUCUACAAUGGCUCUUUCUUCACCUUCUUUUGCCGGACAGGCAGUGAAACUCGCACCAUCUACCUCAGAAAUCAGUGGAAAUGGAAGGAUCACUAUGAGAAAGGCGGUAGCCAAGUCUGCCCCAUCUAGCAGCCCAUGGUAUGGUCCAGACCGUGUUAAGUACUUAGGCCCAUUCUCUGGUGAGUCCCCAAGCUACUUGACCGGUGAAUUCCCUGGUGACUACGGGUGGGAUACCGCUGGACUUUCAGCUGACCCUGAAACCUUUGCCAAGAACCGUGAACUCGAGGUGAUCCAUUGCAGAUGGGCUAUGCUUGGUGCUCUUGGAUGUGUCUUCCCCGAGCUCUUGGCCCGUAACGGUGUCAAGUUUGGGGAGGCUGUGUGGUUCAAAGCUGGAUCCCAGAUCUUCAGCGAGGGUGGACUUGACUACUUAGGCAACGCAAGCUUGGUCCAUGCACAGAGCAUCUUGGCCAUCUGGGCUUGCCAAGUUGUGCUGAUGGGAGCUGUUGAGGGAUACCGUAUUGCUGGUGGGCCUCUUGGUGAGGUUGUCGAUCCACUCUACCCCGGUGGCAGCUUCGAUCCAUUAGGCCUUGCUGAUGAUCCAGAGGCAUUUUCUGAGCUCAAGGUAAAGGAGAUUAAGAACGGUAGACUUGCUAUGUUCUCUAUGUUCGGAUUCUUCGUUCAGGCCAUUGUUACCGGAAAAGGUCCUUUGGAGAACCUUGCGGACCACCUUGCAGACCCCGUGAACAACAAUGCCUGGGCCUACGCCACAAACUUUGUCCCUGGAAAAUGAAAAUUUUAAAACAAUCUUAAAAUUAUAUUGUUUGAUGGCCUUGUAAAGUUGUAAUUCUGAGUUUACUAGACAAUAGAAUAAAAUUUUUCU